AUUACCAAAAAAGUAAUGGAGAAUAACGAAAUAUUAAACAAUAACAAUAUUGGAAAUAUUGAAGAUAUUCAAAGAAAUUAUAAUAAUAUGAAUAUAAAAGAUGCUAUUAAAACUGUAGAUAUUUUAUAUCAAAAGAUUAAAAAAAAUAAAGAAAACUUGUAUUACACAAAUUUAACAACUUCUAAAGAAUUUGAACAAAUAUGCAAAGUAAUAUGUAAAAAUGUCAGAUCUUUAAGCAUAUAUGAUACCAUAAAUAUUUUACGAAAUUUACUAUUUCUCAAUGUUCCAUCUAAUACUGUAAUAAUUCAAACAUUACUUCAAUUAAUACGUAUUUCUUUGAAUGAUUUGACAGUUGGUCAAAUAAUGAUUCUAUAUAAUAUGUUAUAUAAAGUCGAAACAACACCUUUGAUUAAAGUUUUACUUCCAGCAUUGUCUCAUGUUUUUAAUGAACAAGCUCAAAUUGAACUUAAUUCAAAUAGUAUUAAUUUAUUGCAAGCACUUCAAUUUUGUUUUGUAGUCAAUAAUUCAAAAAUAAAAAGACACAUAAUUAGUAUUUUAGUUGAAAAUAAACAAAAAAUAAACUUAGAUUAUAUAAUAGAUAUUUUUAAUGCAAUAUAUACUUUACCAAAAUUAUGUUUAUCUUCUAAGCAACUUCUACUUUGUGUACAAAAUAUAAUAAUAACUUAUUGCAGAAGAUUAAAUUUUAAUGAAAUUAAUUAUUUACUUAAUUGUAUUUCUAAAAAAUUUAUGAAUUCAGAAAUGGAAUUUUAUUGUGAAGCACUUAUAGAUAAACUGUGUUCUACUGUAAUUAUUAAUAAUAUUACUUUUCAACAAAAUUUAAUUAUUUUAAAGCAUUUAAAUAAUAUGCGUUAUAGCAAUAUUUCUGUAUUGAAUUGUUUAAUGGAAAAAUCUUUUAAAGAUACAAAUAUUGAAAAUUAUUCUAUUGAAUAUAUAGAUUUAUUUAUCAAAGGUUUUGUCAUUGCGGAUUAUGUACCACAUAAUUGGAAAAUUAUAAGAAAAAUAUUACAAAAUUAUGUUAUUCAUACAGAUUAUUCAAUGCAUAAUAUAGUAUCUAUUGCUUAUUAUUUACUUUCAUUAAAUUAUUAUUAUCCAGAAUUAAUAGAAAAAGUUUUUAUUUUAUAUAAUAAUGAUUCUAUUAUAAAAGAAAAGCAUACUAUAUUAACUAUAUUAAAAUUAUAUUGGUGUAUUAAACUGCUUUAUCCUGAAUAUAAAGGAAUUAUGCCAGAUGAAAAUAAAUUAAAUCAAAUUAAAAUUGAACAUAAAAAUAAUAAUGUACUUCAUUUAAUGAAAAGUUUGAAAGAAGUUGUUGGAGGUGCUGAAUACAUGAAAAGUAGUUUAAAAACUAAAUUUGGUGAAUUUGUUGAUCAUAUUAUUGUCAUACAACCAGAUGGAUCAUUUAUGAAUAUUAAUAAUUAUAAUAAUAUUACAUUUGUUGAAGAUUUAGCAUCAUUAUCAGAAUGUAUUAAAAUUUUAAUUUUUGCUUUUCCAAUAGAAGCAUAUUCUAUUAAUAAAAGAAAUAUGUUACCUACAGUUAAAAUAUUAUUAAAAGCAAUAGAAACACUACAAGGAUUUCAUCCUUUUGUUAUAAAUCCAUAUUUGUGGAAAAAUUUGUCUGAUAAAAAAAGAAUAUUGUAUCUUCAGGAAGCCAUUAAAUUAAAAUAUAAUAAUAUUUCAAAUAAUUAAAUUGUUUUUAAUAAAAUUUUUAAAUAAAUGUCUAAUGUAAUAAACUUAAAUAAAAAAAAUUUUUUACAAG